AUGUCCAAAGAAAUCCCAACCCUGCAAGACCGAAGCGGUUUCCCAGCAUGGCAGAAAGCUACCCAGAAAAGUCUCACUCCCUAUCAAUGGGAAUUCGUAACCUGUCAAGACGGCGGACCGUCCGAAAAUCCAUGGUUUGACCUCUCGUGGGAAAAUCAUCGGGCUCAGGCAAAGGCAUACAUGACAAUCCUCUAUUCCAUUCCCUACAUCACUCUAGUCGGCCUGGGCGCUCAUGACGAGCUCACCCCUCCGACAGACUUUUAUCACGCAGAUUAUCCGCAUCACGUUGAAUACGACAACUGGGUUCAGGGCGGCUGCCCCAGGCCCUUGUACAAUGUCAUCUGCAAAUGGUUCAAACCAACCCGGGCCAUGAUAGCCGCCCAGGUCAGAUGCAUCGCAAACACCGAUCCGGCAAAGUACAAGUACGAUUCCUAUCCGGCCGUGGUUGCGGAGUUAGCGAAGGUGGACUACAAGAAAACAUUCGCUCAGGUGCUGAACGCCAUAGCGCCCACAAGAUUCGCAUUCGGAAAAAGGGAACCGCGUGCUGCCGAGAGAAAGCGGGUGGCAGACGACACAUCGAGAGAGGCAAAGAGGAUCAAGACAGAACCCAAGUAG